CACACGUAGUUCAAAGACCGCGUUUGCAAUGUAGCAAAAAAUAAUUCGCAUAACAACCAUGGAUAACAAGUAAUGUUUGCGAUGUGAGGUGCAAUUUGUUAUUUAUUUGCGUUAAUUUAUUAUAAACGUCGAAACAAUCAAUGAUAACCGAAGUCACAACGUCGUUAUCGAUACAUCAUACAUCACAUGUGGCAAUGACUAGUAUUUCUUGGUCGAGACCCAAUAACUCGAAAUAAUUUUAUCAUCGCACGGCAUGCGUCAAGGUGACGCGUACAAUUGGUAAACCGUCGAGAUGAAGGAAGUGAAUUUGGCCACGAAGGGCCCUGACGAAAAGGAUGAUCCACUCAGUCCAACUUUUGUGGAAAGUGACGAUAAAACGAAAAAAGAGAAGAAAGUUGAAGAAUUCCCGCCGGUCCCAUAUUUCUCACUGUUUCGCUAUGGCACCGCCCUGGACAAAUUUUUGAUCUUCCUUGGAACAGUAUCAGCCGUUGUCACGGCUGUAUGCCAGCCGCUGAAUAUGUUGGUAUUUGGUGAUUUAACCGGCGACAUGAUUGAAUACGCACAAGCAACUUUGAAAUCCGAUGCAGACAUGGACAAAGCUCGCGAUAAACUGGAAGACGCCAUCAUAUGGUUCGUGAUUUACAAUUGUGCCAUUGGUGUAGGCAUGUUGGUCUUCAGCUACAUAUCAACACUUCUGUUUAAUUACACCGGUAUUCGCCAGAGUUUUCGAAUUCGGUCGCUUUAUUUGGAGCGUGUACUUAACCAGGAUGUCAGUUGGUAUGAUGUGCAUCAAUCUGGAGAUUUUGCCAGUCGUAUGGGAGAUGACCUGUUGAAAUUGGAAGAAGGUAUUGGAGAGAAAGUCGUCAUGUUUUUGCAUUUCCAACUGUCGUUUGUUGGUUGUCUGGUGAUGGCGUUGAUCAAGGGAUGGGAAUUGGCAUUGAUUUGUUUGAUCUCUUUACCAGUUACAAUGAUUUCCAUGGGUAUUGUUGCAUAUUUGACUUCGAAAUUAUCCAAAAACGAAUUGGAAGCCUACGGACAAGCGGGUACCAUUGCCGAAGAAGUUUUCAGCAUAGUCCGAACAGUCUUGGCGUUUGGUGGUCAAAAAAAGGAACAAGAUCGUUAUGAAAAACAUUUAGUUUUUGCUAGAGACAACAACAUUAGACGUUCUAUGUUGACCGGUAUUGGUUUCGGUAUUUUGUGGUUCUGCAUCUAUGCUAGUUACGCUCUUGCUUUCUGGUAUGGCGUGGGUCUUAUCAUCGAUGAAAGAAAAGAAAUUGCAGAUCCAGAAAAACGCACUUACACACCAGCCAACAUGGUUACGGUGUUCUUCAGCGUGAUGUCGGGCAGCAUGAAUUUCGGCAUGUCUUCUCCCUACAUUGAAGUAUUCGGCGUGGCACGUGGUGCGGCCGCUAAAAUCUUCGGAGUCAUCGACGCCAUCCCAAAAAUUAACUCCUCCAAAGGCAAGGGUGUACAACCUGAUAAAUUCGAGGGAAAUAUCGUCUUUGAAGAUAUUAAAUUUAACUAUCCGUCAAGACCUGAUGUGGAGAUUUUGAGAGGUUUGAAUUUGACAAUCAAAGCUGGUCAGACUGUGGCGUUGGUAGGAAGUUCCGGAUGUGGAAAAUCAACCUGUAUCCAACUGAUUCAAAGAUUCUACGAUCCGGAUGUAGGCACUGUGUAUUUAGAUGGUCAAGAUCUGACAACUUUAGAUCUAUCUCUUUUGAGGAGCAACAUUGGCGUGGUUGGACAGGAACCUGUCCUCUUUGGUACCACAAUCGCAGAAAACAUUCGUUAUGGCUACAAAUGGGCCACAAUGGAAGACAUUGAACGUGCAGCAAAGAAAUCCAACGCGCAUAAGUUUAUCUCUGCCCUUCCGGAAGGAUACAAUACAAUGGUGGGCGAACGCGGUGCUCAGCUUUCCGGUGGACAGAAACAACGCAUUGCUAUUGCGCGUGCGCUUGUUCGGGAACCCAGUAUUCUACUUUUGGAUGAAGCCACUUCAGCUUUGGACACCAACAGCGAGGCCAAAGUGCAAGCAGCUUUAGAUAACGCGAGUAAGGAUUGCACAACCAUCAUCAUUGCUCAUCGCUUAUCAACCAUCCGUGGCGCCAACCGUAUUGUCGUGAUCAAGGAAGGUCAAGCUGUCGAAGAUGGAACACAUGCUGAACUCAUGGCUCUGCAAAAGGAAUACUAUCAUUUAGUAACAAACCAAGUGGCUACAGUUGACGAAGAUGAUAAUCAAGUUGUUGCUAUUGAUGAAACUGAAGAAGACGACGUUACGCCUGAUCACUCUGGUCCCCGAGAAGUUGAAGAAGAAGAUGCUCUUAUUAAGGAUGUUUCUCUUAUGAAGGUCAUAAGUUUAAACAAACCAGAAUUGCUGCAGAUUGUUAUCGGUGUUAUAGCCUCUGCGUUUAUGGGUUUCGCUAUGCCAAUCUUUGCAGUUCUCUUCGGUGAUAUUCUCGGUGUGCUGCAAUAUGAAAACGAAAAGAAAAUCCGUGAUGAAACUGACAUUUACUGUAUUUACUUCGUUGCUGCUGGAGUUGGUGCUGGAGUUGCAACAUUCUUACAGAUUUACAUGUUUGGAGACGCUGGCGAAAAGCUUGUGAUGCGAAUCAGAAGUCAGAUGUUUGGCGCGAUGUUAAAACAGGAAAUUGGAUGGUACGAUAGGAAAGAGAAUGGCGUCGGUGCGCUUUGUGCAAAGUUAUCGAGUGAAGCAGCAAACAUUCAAGGUGCGACUGGUCAGCGUAUUGGUACCAUUUUCCAAUCGAUUGCUACUUUGGCUCUUUCGCUUGGUUUGUCGAUGUAUUACGAAUGGCGUCUGGGAUUACUGGCGUUAGCUUUUGCUCCGAUUAUUAUGGUAUCUGUAUUCCUACAGCAAAAGAUGAUGAUGAAUGAAACAGCUGGUUACAGAAAAAGUUUGGAGAAUUCGACAAAACUUGCAGUGGAAGCGGUGUCACAAAUUAGAACUGUUGCUUCUUUGGGUAACGAAUCUACUUUCCAUGGAAAAUAUGUCGAGGAGUUGUUACCGUACAUUAAAAAGGCGAAAUUCAACACACAUUACCGAGCUGGAGUUUUGAGUAUUGCCAGAAGUAUUAUGUUCUUUGCGUUUGCGGCUUGUAUGUAUUACGGAGGAUAUCUGAUUCGUACAGAUGACUUAUCAUACGAAAAAGUCUUAAAAGUUACACAGUCUUUGAUUAUGGGUACAAUUACAAUUGCCAACGCUUUGGCUUUUACACCAAAUUUCCAAAAGGGUUUGAUGGCUGCAUCUAAAGUAUUCCAACUGCUGAAAAGAGAACCCAAAGUCCAAGAUCCCACUAAUCCUAUCGUUGCGGAUUCAUAUUAUGGCGAUAUUAACUAUUCCUCUAUCGAGUUCAAGUACCCAACGCGUCCAGAUAUGAAAAUUCUACGCGGGUUGAAUUUGCUCGUGGGGCGUGGUAAGACCAUCGCACUUGUGGGUCCCAGCGGCUGUGGAAAGUCCACCAUCAUUCAAUUGAUUGAACGAUUCUACGAUCCUACCUCCGGCACUGUGUCCAUUAACAACAAGGAUGUGAAAUCGAUUACUCUCGCUGAUUUACGUGCAAAUCUGGGUAUUGUAUCACAAGAACCCAACUUGUUUGAUCGUACCAUUGGUGAAAACAUCGCUUACGGAGAUAAUUCUCAAGUGACCGAAGCGGAAGUUAUCGAAGCCGCGAAGCAAGCUAAUGUGCACAACUUUAUUGUUGGAUUGCCUUUGGGUUAUAGUACACCUCUGGGUGACAAGGGGACUCAAUUAUCUGGAGGUCAAAAACAGCGGGUGGCAAUUGCACGUGCAUUGGUGAGAAACCCACAAAUUUUAUUGCUUGAUGAAGCCACUUCUGCUUUGGACACCGAGAGUGAAAAGAUUGUGCAAGAAGCCCUGGACAAAGCGAAAGAAGGACGUACUUGCAUUACGAUUGCUCAUCGUUUGUCCACGAUUCAAAACGCAGAUGUAAUUUGUGUGAUUAACGAAGGGGUUGUACAUGAAUUGGGAACGCAUACGCAGCUUCUGGCCCAGAAGGGCAUGUACUAUAAUUUGCACAGAAUACAAAAUGGCAAACGUUGAAUACCCACCAUGAGGUUCAUAUAAAAAGUGAUUUGUGAUGUUUGUUCCUAUUUGCACCAGGUGUGCCAGUGUGCAUACUAGUGUAUUUGAAUGUUUGUGACAUAUUUAUUGUUAUGCUAUUGUUAUAGGUACACAUAUAUAAAUAUAUCUCCUGUAGAUAA